AUGACCCUUCGCCAGGCGAUCUUGAAAAGGCUCGAGGUGCCCAAUCAGGAAGAGAGAGUAGCCGACCGCUGGCAUAAUCAUGAUCUUAUGCCUGUCGAGCCAGCUCGGAGGACGUGGGGAGUCCGACAAUUCAUCGAGCUCUGGAUUCUCGUCAACAUGAGCAUUUCGGGGUAUCAGACUGGGUCGUCAUUGGUGGCCAAUGGUCUCCUCUGGUGGCAGGCAAUCAUCUGCAUCAUAUUUGGCGACUUACUGGCAGCCACGUUCUGUACGCUCAACUCUACGUCAGGCGCGUACUACCAUAUUGGAUAUCCAGCCAUAUCACGGAUCGUCUGGGGCAUGAACGGGAGCUACUUUGCCCUUAUAAAUCGAACGUUACUGUCUGUUGUCUGGUUUGCAGUGCAAGCCUGGAAUGGCGGCCUCUGUGUGCUUGUCUGUCUCCGCGCGAUCUUCCCCCACCAUGUCGACAAUAUUCCAAACCCGUUCCCGCCCAGUACCGGGAUGGAUGGGGCCCAGUUCUUAUGCUAUGCCCUCUUCAUGCUGAUCUGCGUCCCUUUCACGUACAUUGAACCUCACAGACUCGUGCUCUUCUUCAAAUUGUGCGCCGUCAUCGUGUUCCUCAACCAGAUUUCCAUGCUCGGAUGGGCACUCGGGACCAUGAAGGGCGGGCUGGCCAGUGCAGCGCUCACGGCGGACGUGAAGAUGACCUCAACACAGCUUGCAUGGGCGAUCUGCAAUGGCAUUAUGGCGCAGAUCGGCUCCAUUGCUGCCGGCAUCUUGAAUGAUAACGACUUCACUCGCUUCGCGAAGACUCCAGAACGACGUGCUAUCACUGCCCAAGCUAUUACCUUUCCAAUUGCUGCCUUCAUAACAGCCCUGUUCGGGAUCCUCAUCACCGCUGCCACUACCGAACGAUACGGAGAAGCCCUGUGGAAUCCCCCUCUGCUUCUGCUUGCCGCACAAAAGGCUGGCGGCUCUGGAUCCCGUGCUUCCACGUUUUUCUGCGGAUUUGCCUGGGUCGUCACCCAGAUGGGCAUCAACAUCCCCGGUAAUGUAGUUGCCGCAGGUGUGGAUGUAGCGGGCUUGUUGCCCAAGUACAUCAACCUGAGACGAGGAGCAUACUUCAUCCUCCUCGUAUCUAUUGCAGUAACCCCCUGGCAUUUACUCAGUACAUCGAGUGUGUUCCUCAACGUACUGGGUGCGUACGGUGUCUUCUUAGGCCCCAUGACAGGAAUGAUGGUCAGCCAUUACUACGUGAUCCAGAGGCGCUACUUCAAGGUUACUGACAUCUACAUCGGUGAUAAACGCUCGAUUUAUUGGUACACGCAUGGUGUAAACUGGCGCGCCUUUGUCGCUUUCUUCAGCGGUGUUGCGCCGUGCAUCACUGGAUUUGUCGGGGCAGUCUCGCUUCACCAUGUUAGCACCGCGGCGUCCCGUCUUUAUGACCUCAACUACGUGCUCGGAUUUGCCAUCUCGUUCUUGUUAAACUGGGCUCUCCACACAAUCUUCCCGGUCCCCGCGCAGCAGGCUUUCAUCGAGGCCAUGGAAUGCGCUGACGCGCCUAAGACUCUUGAUGGGCUGCAAGAAAUUUUGGGGGACAGUACGUGGGAGUCGGCGUCUGGCUCGAGAUCGUUCGAACAAGAGGGCGGGAAGGAAAAGGCUAGCCUCGAGGUUGCAUGCGACGUGGUGGACUCACCGGGGUAUGCUUCCAGCAUACGUGGGGGAGGCAUUUGA